AUGCAGCAGCAGGAACAUCAGCAACAGCAACAGCAACAGCAACAGCAGCAGCAGCAGCAGCAGCAACAGCAGCAGCAGCAACAGCAGCAAGAGGAGACAGUUAUAGGAUUACUUGUGUCUCUGCAGCAAACAACAAUAGAGGAAAUAAAUAAAAAAAAAAAAAAUAAUAAUUAUUAUUAUUAUUUAUAUAAUAAAAAAAAAGGAGACAAUUAUAUAAAUAUAAAUAUAAAUAAUAAUAAGGAAGAAGAAGAAGAAAAAAAAAAAGGAGAAAAAGAAGAAAAAGAAGAAAAAAAAAAAGGAGGAGGAGGAGGAGGAGACAAUUAUAUAAAUAAAAAGGAGACAGAUAAGGAGGAAGAAGAAGAAGGAGACACUUAUAGGGAGGAGACAGAUAAGGAGGAGGAAGAAAAAGAGGAGGAAGAAGAAGGAGACACAGAGGAGGAGGAGGAGGAGGAGGAGGAGGAGACAGAUAAGGAAGGAGAAGGAGGAGGAAAAGAAGAAAAAAAAGAAGAAAAAGAGACAAAUAAACAAAAAAAAGGAGACAAUAAGGAGACAAUUGACCCUCCUUAUCCUUAUAAACUACAAAGAGCAGCAAUAGAUACAGCAGCAGCAGCAGAGGAGGCUGCUGCUGCUGUUGCUGCAUUACGUGAAUGGAGACAACAGCAGCAGCAACAGUUGCUGCUCCAGCUGCAUGCACAAGAGGAACACCUGCAGCAACAGCAGCAGCAACAGCAGCAGCAGCAGCAGCAGCAGCAGCAGCAAGGAGAAGCAGCAAAGGAGACACCUGUCUCCUCCCUCUGGCAACAGUUAGAGAGUCUGUCUUAUACAGUCUUAGGGAGAAGGAGACAGCAGCAGCAGCAGCAGCAGCAGCAGCAGCAGCAGCACCAGGAAUGGCAAGUCUUCUGUGCUGCCCUACAGCAGCAGCAACAACAACAACAACAACAACAACAGCAGCAGCAACAGCAGCAGCAGCAACAGCAGCAGCAGCAACAGCAGCAGCAGCAGCAACAACAACAACAACAGCAGCUUGCUAGACUGGCUCCUGACCCCCAACUGUCUCCUUCCCCUAGCAACGUGACUUCCCCCUCUGCAGCAGCAACAGCAGCAGCAGCAGGAGCAGCAGAAGAGGAUAUAGCUGCUGCUGCUUCUGCUGCAGCAGCAACAGCAGCAGAGGUGUCUCCUUUUAGCAGCACAGAAGGGUGCAUGCAGCUACUUAAGGAUAUAUCUUUGCUGCAGCAGGAAACAGAUGCUGUCUUAGGUCUAUGCAUAGAGGAGUCCCCUACCUGGCGGGGGGCCCCCCUGGCAGGGGCCCCCCUGACGGGAGCCCCUUUGGCAGGGGCCUCCCUCAGCGAAAGGGGGGCCCCUAUAGAGACAGACGGGACCCCUUAG